AUGCAGUCCAAAAUCGACUCAUCUAGCAUACCAGCUAUCUCUUUCCUUGGGCCCAUCUCUUCUUAUACUCAUCAGGCCGCUCUUGGACGCUUCGAUAAGGAGAAAUACGAGUACCAACCAGCCAUUGGAAUACCAGAUGUUUUCGAGGCUGUUCAAUCGGGCAAAGCAGAGUUAGGUGUUGUACCUUUUGAAAAUUCUACAAAUGGGGCUGUGAUCUUUACCCUAGAACUCCUCGCAGAUCGCCAUUCCUUAUAUAAAGAUGUCACAAUAUGCGGCGAAGCCUAUCUCGAUGUUAGUCACUGCCUGUUAGGUUAUGUUUCGACGGCAGAUUCUCCAGUAAUGUCUGGCACUUAUACUCCGACUACAUCCACUCCCUCUCCUGUCAAGCCAAAGACAACGCCGCUAUCUAGUCUCAAUCACAUUCAACGUAUUUACACCCAUCCACAAGCAUACGGCCAAUGCGAGGCAUUUCUAGGAACAUACUUGAAGGGGGUCGAGAGACUGGACGUCAGUUCCACAAGCAAGGCAGCCGAAAUCGUUAAAGCAGACAAGACUGGCACAAGUGCAGCCAUUACUAGCUCGCUCGCAGCGGAUAUCCACAAAUUAGAUAUUCUGGCAAAAGGAAUUGAGGAUCGUGAGGAUAACACUACCAGAUUCCUCAUUUUGCGCAAAGGUGUAGAUACAUCUGCCACAAAGGAUGGUGUUGCCGCUAAGUCGAUGGUUACUUUCACCAUUGAUCAUAGAACACCGGGUGCACUCGCAGAUGUACUGGAUUGCUUCAGGAGAUACCAAGUCAAUUUGACAAGUAUUAACAGUCGCCCAACGAAAAUAGUUCCUUUCCAAUACAUUUUCUUCGUUGAGUUUGAGGGAAGUAAGCUGAGUGAUCCAGAGGGAAAAGUAGCUGGGGCAUUGACUAGCCUUGACAAGUACACACAGGAUUGGCAUUGGCUUGGGAGCUGGGAAGAUGAACUUGUGGAUAGACAAAAGAAGUUAUAA